AUGGAUAUCUCCAUCAGUAGCAGAGACUUCCACUGUCUGCAGCUGGCCUGUGUGGCCCUUGGCCUGGUGGCCGGCAGCAUCAUCAUCGGCGUCUCCGUGUCCAAGGCUGCAGCUGCAGUAGGCGGUAUCUUUCUUGGUGCUGCCGGGCUGGGGCUCCUCAUCUUCGCCUACCCCUUCCUGAAGACUCGGCUCAACCUGGACCACCUCCUGCCUGCAAUAGGAAGCCUGAGAGUCCACCCCAACCCAGGGGCAGACCAUACAGUGGGAAGAUCCAACACCAAUGGCAAUAAGGAAGGGGCCCGCAGCAGCCUGUCCACUGUGAGUAGGACCCUGGAAAAGCUGAAACUUGGAGGACGGAGUGCUGAGGAGAGCUGA